GCGGUACCACGCUAGGAGCCCAAUCACUGCACGCACUUGCCUGACCGGUUGAUUGCCGCAAGCAGCUACGCUCCGAGACUCCCAAUUCCACCAGCCACGGACAAGAACGGUUCUGCCGCAAGUUUGCAGGGGCACAUCUCCCUUGUUCAAUCUCCAUACAUUGGCCCAGCAUGGCCGAAGAGGAAGACUAUAGUUCUCUACCCCUGACAGAUCGUUGGGUGCACAAAGUAUGGAAAGUUCGGAAACAGGCCUACGAAGAGGCCGCACAACAGUUUGAGAAGACCCCCGACGAGUACGACCCUGCUUUUCACCCCUUUACACAAGACCCGAGCUUGUGGAAAUCCGCCGCGGCCGACUCGAACGUUGCAGCACAGCAGGAAGGGUUAGCUGCGCUCUGUGCUUUCCUGAAGUUUGCUUCCAGCGAUGCCGGUCUCAGGGCCCGUCACCAUGCGGUGACACCCAUUGCCGAAAAGUGCCUCACGUCCACCAGAGCCGCCACCAAGGCCUCGGCGCUCGAGGCACUGCUCCUUUUCAUUGAGAUUGACGUUCCCGGUCCUGUAAUAGAGGAGCUUCUCCCCGUGCUGUCUAGCAAACAGCCUAAAGUCGUGGCAGCGGCACUAUCGGCUUUGACGCAAAUCUAUCACAACUACGGCUGCAAGAUUGCCGAUCCGAAACCGGUGCUCAAGAUUCUGCCCAAAGUCUUUGGCCAUGCAGAUAAAAAUGUGCGAGCCGAAGCUACCAACCUUGCCGUUGAGUUCUACCGAUGGCUGCGCGAUGCCAUGAAGCCCAUGUUUUGGAACGACUUGAAGCCAACGCAGCAGAGCGACCUCGAAGCCCAGUUUGAGAAAGUCAAGGCGGAGGGUGCGCCGAAGCAAGAGCGCCUGCUAAGGUCACAGCAAGCAGAAAAGGAGCGUGCCCCUGCCGGCGACGGCGGCGGCGACUACGAGGAAGACGGUGGGGAAGCUGAGGAACCAGUUGAGGUGGACGCUUUUGACCUUGCCGAACCGCAAGAUGUCCUGAGCAAGGUGCCGAAAGACUUCUUCGACAACCUGGGUUCGUCAAAAUGGAAGGAAAGGAAAGAGGCGCUCGACGCCUUGUAUGCACUGGUCAAUGUGCCAAGGAUCAAGGAGGGCGAUUUCAACGAGAUCAACCGCGCUUUGGCCAAAUGCAUGAAGGACGCAAACAUCGCGGUCGUCACGCAGGCAGCCCAAUGCAUCGAAUUGCUGGCAAAGGGUCUGAGGGCAGGCUAUGCCAAGUACCAUUCCAUGGUAAUGCAGCCUAUCAUGGAAAGGCUGAAGGAGAAGAAGCAAAGUGUAGCCGAUGCCCUUGGCGCCGCCUUAGACGCGGUGUUUCUUACGACCAGCCUGACCGAGUGCCUCGAGGAUAUCACAACGUUCUUGGUCCACAAGAACCCUCAGGUGAAGGAGGGCACCAUGAAAUUCCUCGUCAGAUGCCUUCGGACAACGAAAGAAGUACCCAGCAAGCAGGAGAUUGCGGCAAUGGUCGAAUCGGCUAAGAAGCUUUUAGCUGAAUCAAGCGAGGGGCUUCGUUCGGGGGGGGCGGAAAUUUUGGGAACCAUCAUGAAGAUCAUUGGCGAGCGGGCCAUGAACCCUCACUUGGAAGGUCUCGACGACAUUCGAAAGACGAAAGUCAAGGAGUUCUACGAGACUGCCGAAGUUAAGGCCAAAGACAAGCCGAAACCACCGCCUCCAGCAGCCCGUCCGCCUCCCGGUGGACCGAAGAAGGCGACAGGAGGGGUUGGUGUCAAGAAAGGGCCAGCUGGUGUGAAAAAGCCGGCUCCCGCCCCUGCCGCUGCACCUCCAGCAGACCCUACACCCGCUCCUGCACCGCGGCCUGGCCCGGGCAGUAAACUUGGCAUGCCCAAGCCAGCUGGUCUUGGCGGUCUCAAAGCUCCUCAGAAGCGGACGUUGUCAGGGCCGGCGCCGGCGCCGGCUUCACCAAAGAGACCAGCGCCAGCUCAGUCCCCUCCUCCCGCGGAAGACGAGGAAGAGCCUCCAAUGUCGCCGCCGCCUGCCAAGCCCGCACCGCGCAUCGGCCUUGGCCGUGGUGGUCUCGCUGGUCGUUCCCUCGCGAAGCCCGCUGCGCCGGCCGCCCCUGCUGCGCCGCCAUCGCCAACACCCGCAUCAGGGCUCACAGCUAUCGAGCGUGCCGAGCUCGAGGAACUUCGCGAUGCAAACGAGCGGUUGCUGAAAGCCCUGGAAGAUGCCCGGCACGACCGUUCUAAGCUUUUGUCGGAAAUACAAGAGCUCAAGAACCAGAAUGCGAGCCUUAUCGAGGACCAUACGAGGGAUGUGCUCUCCAUCAAGGCGAAGGAGACACAAUUGGUUCGGGCUCGAAGCGACGCCGAGGCAGCCGAGCAAACCAACGAGCGGCUACGGCGCGAGCUCGAGCGGUUGAAGCGUGCGUUGAGCAAGGCCGAGGCACUCAACGCGGCUGCUGGUUCGGGUAGCCCCGGCUCUCCCGGCAGCUUGGGAUUUAGGGCAAUGAGCCCGACACAUGAUGACUUUUACCGUGACGCAUCCAACGCGAGUCGGAAUCGGAUGAGCAUGGCCAGCACGCUCAGCGAGGAGAAGGAAAACGGGGACGGCAUGCCUCACCCGUGCACCAAGCUCAGCCCGGAGCUUAGGUACGGAGGCAGAAACGCAAGCAGCGGGCGCGGUAGUCCGGCAAGGGGGUUCAGACGGGAAGUUAGUGUGGAGGAGAAGGAACCGCGGAGCGUUGAUAUGGGCUAUGGUGGCUACAAUGACCGGGCCGGCAGCAGGGCUAGUAGCCGGACUGGUGGCCGAGACACACCCUCUAGCAUGAAUACAUCAGCAACAUCCGGAAUGGAGAGCUGGAAGAGAGCGGCCGAGGUGACAAGUCAAUUAAAGGCUCGGAUCGAGCAGAUGAGGGCCAGACAGGCCAGUAGGCCGCAGUAGGGUGGCCGUGCCGCUGGCGAAAAUGCAUCUGGCAUUCUCGAGAUCUACCUGUCUUCGCGAGAUCCACCUCCAUACAAGGCAGGCUGACUCCGUAUUAGAGGCUUCCGUGGCGGAGUGCGUCUUCCCAACG